ACUCGUUCUCUUUACUCUUUAGUAUUCCUAUCUUUCUCCGAUAAUAAUCAAAAAGCUUAAUUAUUGUUUUGUUUUCUAGCACUCUACAAAAACAUGGCUCCCUCGUUUCUAAGCGUCGCAAAAUUCGUUGAGGCACUACUCCGCCGGAGAUUCUCCUCCGCUGGUCUCUCCUUACAAACACUGUCCAUCGACUCCGAAACCACCAUACAGUUCUGGGGACCACCACCGUCUUCAUCGUCGGAAAAUACACAAAAACCGUCGCUCCUCCUCCUCCACGGUUUUGGCCCUUCCGCUGUAUGGCAAUGGAGCCAUCAGGUAAAGCCAUUCUCCCAAUUCUUUCGUCUCUACGUCCCCGACCUUGUCUUCUUCGGUGGCUCCUCUUCCUCCGGCGAGAACCGGUCGGAGAUGUUUCAGGCGUUGUGCAUGGGGAAGCUUAUGGAGAAGCUCGAGGUCGAGAGGUUCAGCGUCAUUGGUACGAGCUACGGCGGUUUCGUGGCGUAUAACAUGGCGAAAAUGUUUCCGGAGAAAGUGGAGAAGGUGGUGCUUGCGAGUUCCGGUGUUAAUUUGCGGCGGAGUGACAACGAGGCAUUUAUCGCGAGGGCUAAAUGCCACGGUAUCAAGGAGGUGAUGCUUCCUGCUUCUGCGACAGAUCUUAGGAGAACUUCUGGGAUGGUUUCUUCUAAGAGACUCGAUUAUGUCCCAGAUUUUGUCUUGAACGACUUUUGCCAGAAAAUGUAUUCGGAGAAGAGAGAGGAAAAAGCAGAACUUCUCGAGGGGCUGAGUAUUGGGAAGGAUGACAAAACAAACGUUUCUCCAAUUCAACAGGACGUAAUGCUGAUAUGGGGGGAGCAAGAUCAAGUUUUUCCUUUAAAAAUGGCACAUGACCUCAAAGAGAUGUUGGGGAUUAAGACGACGCUAAAAAUUAUACAAAAGACAUCACAUAUACCUCAAACGGAAAAGCCCAAAGAAUUCAAUGGCAUUGUCAUGUCUUUCUUAUUACCUACAUCUCCUUCACUAUAGAUAUAACAUCCAUAUUAAACUAUGAAUUACAAAAUUUUCUGAUAUCGUCCAUGUUAGAAGUGUUUAUGUACAGUUUCAAAUACAUUUGAGAAAAUUUGUAACA